AUGGCAGAGGAGAACAUGGCGAACGAGCUUGCUAUGCUGCAGAAGAGCUACAAGAUGAUGGAAAACGACAGAGCGAGAUAUGCUGAAGAGUCUCAGAAUAUCAUCAAACGUCAAAGGCAGGCCAUCGAGAAAGUGAAGAAGGAGAACGAGAGGCUGAAAGAGCAAGUCGAGGCAGAAUCAAGGAGUCGGAGUGAGAACUCGUCGGUUCAGAAUCACCUCAUGCGGUUACAAGAUUCCAUCGAGACGUACAAGCGAAAGGUCGAGAUCGAGGAGAGAAGACUGGAAGAGCUCGAGAAGCAGGGCAAGAUCAUGCAAGUGAAGGUGUUGGAAACGCACGUCACGUCAGGAGGAAAGGAUGCAAGGAAGGUCGAAGAUAUGAGGACGAGCAAACAGAUUCGCAUCUUGGAGAACAGGCUGGAUCAUGCGCUGGUGCGGUUCAAUGAAGCUCUGUCUGUGAACAAGCAGCUGAGAGAGGAGAUCGAUCAUCUUCGACGAGAGCGGGUUGUCUUCGACUCCAUCAACAGCAAACUUGCUCGGGAGCUGCAUGAGAAGAAGAAGGAGAUGGCCCUGAUAAUCGAGCAGUCGAACAUCGCAUACGAGGCGAGGGAUCAGGCUCAUUCUGAGAUGGCUCUUCUGAAGGCGCAGGCUGAUAAAGAACAGAGUGUGUUCGAGGUGGAAUGGAGGGAGCUGGGAAAGAUCCUUGAGAGAGAUCGGCAGCUGAAGCAAAUCAGCCCAGAGAGGCAACUUGACAAAGUUCAGUCCUUCGAAGAAGCUUUUCAGCAGAUCAAGGCUGCAACAGGAAUAGACAACAUCGACGAACUUGUUCAGACUUUUAUCGAUGCGGAGGACCAGAACUUCUCUCUCUUCAACUACGUCAACGAGCUGAACAACGAGAUCGAGAAGCUUGAGGAACACAUCGCUGAUAUCAAGACGGACAUCGAAAAGUACAGAGGUCAAGGAGGUCAAAACGACAGGCAAAGGAAAAAGCUCUUGAAAGAUCUCGAGGACAGACUUGCUAGCACGGAAGCCAAGGCGGAGCAGUACGAGGCCAAGAGCAUCAAGGCGUCGAAGACAAUCACACAGCUCGAGCAGGGUAUUCAGAGCAUCUUCCUCAAAUUGGGAUGUGACAAGAGCUCCCUGAGCGAGAUGAUGGGGACGGAGGGAGUCAGCGAGACGAACAUGAUGCAGUACCUCGGCAUCAUCGAGCAUCGUGCCAAUCAACUCCUGCAGAUCUUCUGCAAGAGAGAAACGUCAGGAGGAGGAGGAGACGAAGGGAGGACGUCGACUUUGGUGAGGGAGGGAGGGAGGAGGAAAGGGGAAGGAGGACAAGGAGGGCGAGCAACUGAGAGAAGGAGGAGAAGGGAAGAAGGAAGAGCAAGGGAGAGGAGGAAGAGGAAGGGGGUAGCUGACCAGGACUUGCGCUUUGUUGUGUUUCAGCUCUUCGAAGGAGGCAGAGUGAACGGAGCGCAAGAUUUCAGCCCAUGA